GAUGCUUGGGAAAAACUGCUGGAGUCUGAGAGGUAUGAGCAAAAGGAUGACUUCACUGUCGUUCUUCAGCCUUCUCUCCAAGAAACAAAUCUGCUGCUCAGACUGGGCAGGGAUGGUUUCAUUACCACAUCAAAGACACAACUGGAAGCUCUGGAAGAAGAUUAUACUUUCAUGGCUGUGGGCCUCUGGAACAACAUGUUGGAGCCAGUUGGACAGAAGCAGCCUUAUGAUGUCACAAAAAUGCUUCAUGUCCAGUGUCCAUCUCAGGAAAAUCCAUAUUUGUUCACAUAUAGAAAUAGUAACUACUCAUCUUCCCUGGAGACAUCAAACACCAAAGAAACAUCUCAGGAGAGGAUUUAUGGAACAAAUAUUCCAUGUUUUGACCGGGGUCCCUCUGAUACAGUUCCAGUUUCAGUUCAUAAUUUGAAACCAGCAGAUAUUCGGGUGAUCGCUGCCCUGGGAGAUUCACUCACAGCAGGCAAUGGGGCAGCAUCCAAACCCCAUGAUGUUCUGGAUGUCCUGACUCAAUACCGAGGUGUUUCUUGGAGUGUUGGAGGAAAUGAAAACAUAAGCACAGUCACGACACUAGCAAACAUUCUUCGUGAGUUCAACCCAUCCCUGAUUGGGUAUUCCAUUGGUACUGGAAAGGAAACUACAGCAAAUGCUGCACUCAACCAAGCUGUGGCAGGGGAUCGUGCAGAAGAUGUUCCUGCACAGGUUAGAAGACUGGUGGACCGAAUGAAGAAUGAUACUAGAAUAAAUAUGCAGACUGACUGGAAGAUCAUAACACUUUUCAUAGGAGGAAAUGACCUAUGUGAAUUCUGCAACAAUCCAGCACGCUAUUCUCCUGAAAACUACACCUACAAUCUACAAACAGCUUUGGACUUACUUCAUAGAGAGGUUCCACGGGCAUUUGUGAACCUGGUGACAGUGCUUUCCAUAGCGAGCCUCCGGGAGCUGCAUGCAUCAAAAAAUAGUAGCUGCCCAAAGCUGCUUAUGAGGCUCCUAUGCUCUUGUGUCAUAAAUCCUGAGGACAAUUCCAACGAGUUAAAGAAGUUGGUCUACUUUAACAGAAGAUAUCAGGAGAGAACCCGCCAGUUAGUGGAGAGCGGAAGGUAUGACACUACAGAUGAUUUCACAGUGGUUAUGCAGCCAUUUCUGAUGAAUGUGAACAUGCCAAAAACACAGGAGGGGUUACCGGACAGCUCAUAUUUUGCCCCAGACUGUUUCCACUUCAGCCAGAAGUCUCAUUCCCAGGCUGCACGUGCUUUGUGGAACAAUAUGCUAGAACCCUUAGGGAAAAAGACAGAUAAUCAGCAAAUAGAAGAUGAGAUUGUUCUCAAAUGUCCAAGUGAGGCUGAGCCAUUCCUGAGGACAUAUAAGAACAUGCAUUCCCUAAAGCCAGCUGAUGUGAAAAUUAUAGCAGCCCUUGGGGAUUCUUUGACGGCUGGUACAGGAAUUGCCUCAGAUAAUCUCCUGGAUUUGGACAUUGAAUACCGGGGACUGUCUUGGAGUAUUGGAGGAGAUAUGUCAUUAGAGAACGUGACAACUCUACCUAACAUCUUUCGAGAGUUCAAUGCUGCGAUCGUGGGCUAUUCGAUUGGCACCGGGAGCGAGAAUGAUUCAAAUGCAUUCCUUAACCAGGCAGUUCCUGGAGCACAGGCGGAGUAUGUAGCUUUUUGUUUUACAUUUGCAGCUGAACUUUCAAAUGAAGCCAACAGUCCUGGUUAUGAAAUCCACAAGCAGGAAACUGGCAGAAAGUCUUUGGAGCGAAUCGACUUCAAUGCUGACUGGAAGCUCAUAACAGUGCAUAUUGGAGGCAACGAUCUGUGCAACUAUUGCAAAGACCCUGAUCACUACUCAGCUGGGAAUUUCAUCAGAAGGAUUCAAGAAACUCUGGAUAUUCUGCACCAGCAGGUUCCAAAAGCUCUAGUGAGUCUCGUUGAAGUGAUGGACCUCCUCCCUCUGAGACAGUUGUUUGUGGAUACUCAAGUUCAGUGCCCCACUUACAUGGCAGAUUAUCUGUGUAGUUGUGUUCUCACAGGAGAAGAAAACUCACCAAAUUUAACAAUGGUGAGAGAAGCCACCAAAGCUUACCAGCUUGGCAUUCAGACACUUGUGGAGUCUGGCAGAUAUGAUACUCAUGAAAAUUUCACAGUGGUCAUCCAGCCUUUUCUCCAAAAUUCCAAGAUUCCUCUCGGUCAGGAUGGACAUCCAGAUGUCUCCUACUUUUCACCUGACUGCUUCCAUCCAAGCCAGAAAGGCCAUUCUCAGCUUGCCAAGGCUCUCUGGAAUGCUGUGUUACAGCCUGUAGACCAGAAAGCUGACUCAUUUGAUUUCAUGGCUGACAUCGUUCUCAACUGCCCAGUUCAGAACAAGCCAUUCCUGGCAACAUACAAGAAUAAAAACUACACAUAUCCAACUGUGGAGCCCACUAAUGAGCCAAUAGAGAAUUGGGGUAGUGACCUGUCAUGUUCUGAACAGACUCCAUCCAGUCAUGUCCCAACAUCAGAUAUCUUGAAAAAAUUCAACCCCAACCUCUUUGGCUUCUCCACUGGCAGCUCUAAGGAAACAGCUGGAUUCAACGUUGCAGAGGGAGGCUCCACAGCACGCAAUAUGUCAGCCCAAGCACGUGAGCUAGUGGAGCUAAUGAGAAGCAGCUUGAAAAUGAACUUCAAGGAAGACUGGAAGCUGAUCACUGUCCUCGUUGGAGGCAAUGACCUAUGCCAGUACUGCUUGGACAAGGUUUGUAUCUCUGAAUUAGGCAUGCUCAUCCGGGCACUUGGCAGGUGA